GACUACGUUUCCUAGUGGUGAAUACGAAUUUAGAGUUUAUCAUAGAGGUGAAAAAUAACAGAAAAUUGGAGAAGAGUAGUUGGGGGGAAAAAGUAAAAUGUUAUGGGGGAGAUUGGUUUUGAUUGAGGUGGAAGGGAAUGAAUACUUUCAAACAAAUCUCAAGUAGGGAAAUGUACGAGGCAAGUGUACAUAACCUCUGUUAUCGGGAUUCGAUUCGUUUCGAGUUUCGUGUUUUUGAUGCAUCUUGUAAAAAUUCACAAAUCUUUCUCGGAUAAUGACCAAGCACAUUCAUUAAAUGCAAAAAAAAUAAUGUUUUAUGUAUAAAAGAAGUUUAGAAAACUUGGUUUUGUUUAAAAAUCAAUGUUCUUACAUGACUUCAUAUAAUACUUUUUGAUCGAAGAAUGAGUGAUCGAAAGUAUAAUAUACGAUGAAAUAGUUAUGUUGCCCUCGACUGGUUACUUUAAAGCUAUUAACUGUCCAUUUUAUGAAAGUGGAACGUGCGAUAGACCCUACUGUCAUUUCAAGCAUUCGAAACGCGAAGAUGUUGGAAUCACCACGGAGGCGAUCGAGUCGGUGCAAAACCGUUCCACGGGUCAAGUUGAAGAGUCCAAACCAGCUACAAUGGUAACAUCCAAUUCAGACGUUUUACAACAAUUAGUAACAGAAGCUGUCAAAAAAGUCCUAGCUAAUCGAAAUGUCACAGAUGUAGAUAAUAAAUUUUCUUGUCAGAAUGUUGUUUCUCAGGUAGUAGAAGGACUAAAACCCACUUUAACUUCUGGAUCAUCUGGAACAAUAGAUAAUGUUACGGCUAAUAUGGUAGAAAAAAGAGCAGAUACUCCGGCGCCAGUUAAUACAUCACUUCCAUGCGUUUAUAAUCCAACACCAAUCGCAGAAUUAAAGAAACGUCAUAUACCAAUAGUAUCAUAUAUGCCAACCAGGAAAAGUUCGGUUGCAGUGAAACGUAAAUGCUCACCGGAUAGAGUUAAGCCUUGGUUAAAUAUCAGCAGUGAGUCUAUGGAACCGUCAACAGUUGAAAUUAAAUACAAACCUACUAUAAUAAUUAACCCUGAAGCUCGAGAUACUAUGCAGAGUUACAUACCAACAUGUAAAUCAGAUUCAGCUUCGAUAAAUUCAUAUAAGGAUGGUAGUUCAAAUGAGUAUCUAUCUAAACUCAGGGAAACCUACUAUCCAAAGUGUAAAAAAAAAAGGGAAGAGUAUGUUCCAAAGAAAGUGAAAACUCCAUUAAAAACUACAGACGGAUUAAAUGAAUCUGUAUUAGAUCAUUUUGAAACUGAUUUUGAUAUGAUGGAUGAGGUACUUACAUGUACAAAAUCAACUUCUGAUAUACGAUCUAGCGAAGUAUCUCAGGAUUCUUCUGUAGAUUUAGAACCAAAAUUUUCUGAUGACGAAGAAGACAAUAGUAAUAAUUGCAAUAAUACUGAUGGUUACAGCCAUGAUGGAAAAAAAGUUAAUAUCACAAAUAUUGAUUCUAUGACUUUAGAACAAAAUGAAUCAUAUUGCGAUGCUGAAACAUCUGAUUGUUCAAAUAAUAUACACACUGUGGGCACACAUGUUCAAAAGGUAGUUGAUAGUAACGAAUUGCACGUUACAGAAGAACAGCAGAAUGAGAAAAUAUCGGUAUGUAUUAACAUUCGGAAACAAAAGAGAUUAUCGAGCGAAGAAGGUUCAAAAACUGUACCAUGUGAGAAAGCAAGUACAUUGCAAAUAGAUUCACAUAAAAGUACCAUUGGAGAUGUAAAGGAACAUAAAAGCAGAGAUAAAAACAAAAGCAAAAGUCAAAAGGAUCAUAGUAUGUCUCAUAAAAGGUAUAAGGAUAAGCAUGAUUCAAAUAAAAAAUCGCAUUCCACAUCGAGUAGUAAAAGCAAAAGUAAAACUAAGAAUUAUUCAAGACAUAAGAGCAAAGAAUGUAGAGAUAAGAAGUAUGAUAAAGAUAAGAAUAAAGGAAAGCACCAGGAGAAAUAUGGGGAGAAAGAAAAAGAUAGGGAAGGAAGGGAAAAUAAACUCAAAAGUAAGAGUGAUAGGAGAGACCAUCAUGGAUCAGGAAAACGGCAUAGAUAUUAUUCGAAAAGUUCUUCACGAAAGCAAGAACAUAUUAAGAAUAAAAAUGACAAAUGCUCGAAAACGGAGAAUAAGUCAGAUGAUAAAGUAAUCGAAAAAUCACAUGCACGCAUGGGGUAUAAGGAAGAAAGAAAUUCAACUGACAGAUCGAUAAAUUCUUUGGAAAGCAUUCGUCUGAGUCCGGUAGAUGAUGGUGAAGAAGAGAACGAUGACCGUCAGAGUAGUAUCAUUGAUAACGAUAUUGAUGUAAUUUUUAGUACAUCUGACUCAGAUCACGACGUACAAGAAGAGUGUCUAAAGAUAUUUCAGGAAUAUCAACUACCAGAAAGGUCAAAGGCAACGGAGUCACCAAAAGAGUCAUCAACAUUGCUUGAAAAAGAAAAGGAACAGACAGAAGAGGUUGGCAGGAAAAGAGUAGCGCACCCUUCAGCAGCUACAUGCGUUACCAGGCAAAUUGGAAUUACUCAACAGGCGAGAAAAUUGGUAAAUCCGCAACAGAAAAUGUACGAAAGAUGGCGUUUGAUGCGAGAUGCUGCAAUAGAAAAAACAAUUUCUGCGAGUAGUAGUGUUUCCAAAGAUGUACGCCGAAAUCAUACCGAAGUGAUAGGAACAGCAAGCAACAGUGAAUUAAGCCUAAAUGGAAAUGGUCGUGUCAGGAUCGCUCAUGUACCAUAUGCUAAAUCUCUAGCGAUAGAAAAAAAGAAAGUGACAGAAAAUGCAGGAAAAGCAGUUGAACCGAAAACAACGGAUAAUUAUAAAACAGCUGCCCAAACGGCGAAGAGCGGUGUGCGAGUCGCUCAUGUUCCACAAGUGGUUCCUCAAUUAAUACGUCCUGAACCGUUGCAAGUAACUACUCAAAAAUUUCCUUUAAAUGUUCGUCAAUAUUACGUAAAUAUGAUGCAUGAUGUAUGCGUGUUAAUUUAUACGAAUGCUGAGGAUGCGGCACAACGAGCGGUUAAAGAAGAACACGCUUGUCACGAACGAUGUAAAGCGUUAACUGUAUACAAAAAUUCCUGUAUGCUUGCUGCGCAUAGAUUGAGGAAAGAAAUUGAUCAAAAUUCAUCUGGGGAUAAUAAUACAACGACAAUGCCAGGAAGUAGUAUGGUAUCCCAUGAAGCAGUACUUACCGGGAAAGCUAAAGGUUCCUGGAGUGUACUUAAGACAAAGAAAUCCAUUACAAAAUUUAGAGGUACAGCUCUAUAUGGUAUGUUAAAAAAAUGGAUAAUGACGGAACAACAACUUCGAGAUAAUGGAUUUCCUCGUUCACAUCCAGAUGGUCACAAGGGACGUGCUAAAGUUUAUGUAAUCAACUCGCGAAAUCAAAGUAUUUUGUCAAAAGUGCCUAAUGAAAGAGUUUGUAGUCGAUGUGGUCAAACUUACAUGAUUGAUAGACAAGGAUUUGCUUUGCAACCACAGAACUGUAUAUAUCAUUGGGGUAGAAAAUUCACAAUUAAAGGUGAAGGCAAAUAUAGUUGUUGUCAACAAUAUGGAUCUGCAACUGGUUGUUGUGAUGCAAAAACACAUGUUUGGGAUUAUACAGAUUAUGAAAACCUUCGAGGUUACGUGAAAACUUUACCUAAAGAUACACCAAUUGAGGAACAAGGGGUGUAUGCACUCGAUUGCGAAAUGUGUUAUACAACUCAAGGAUUGGAACUGACUAGAAUAACAGUUAUCGAUGAAGAUUGCAGUGUGGUAUAUGAAACGUUAGUUAAUCCGCAAAAUCCAAUAAUCGAUUAUAAUACAAGGUUUUCCGGAAUUACAGAAGAAGAUAUGAAGGAUGUGACAACAACGUUAUUAGACGUCCAAGCGACAUUAUUGACGAUGUUUUCAGAAAAGACCAUACUAGUGGGUCACAGUUUAGAAAGUGAUUUUAAAGCUUUAAAGCUUUUGCACGAUACUGUGGUUGAUACGAGCGUAAUGUUUCCGCACAAAAAUGGAUAUCCACAAAAGAGGGCUUUGAAGAAUCUUUGUUCGGAAUAUUUAAGGAAGCUCAUCCAAAAUGACGUUGGUGGACACGAUAGUAAAGAGGAUGCUAUCGCUUGUAUGGAAUUAAUUUUAUGGAAAGCAAAGGAGGAAGCAAAAUUACAAUAGACGAAAUUACAAGUACCGUCAGACUGAAUCGUGUACAGCUUAUGAUUUCAUGGUUUACGAAACGAUGAUAAUCUCUUUUUUGAAUUACCGUAUGCGUUGUAUUAUAGUUUUUCAUGUAUAAAUAUGUGAUAUACAUAUAUCAGAUUAAUUGUAGAAUCGAUUAUUACAGAAUGACCGCUCAUCUACGAAUUACAUUCACGGUUCUACGAUAGUACACGUUCGCCCUUUUCAUCGCGCGCAAUUCAUACUUUUAUAAGAUUUCGUUAUUAUUGCGCUUUGAAUUUUGAAUCGUUCGAAUGUAAAUAGAACGAUGUAGGGGUACCUGCG